UUGUUCCAUAGGCGGUGCUGUUCCGGGACUGAGAGAGAGAGAGAGAGAGGGGCAGGCUGGGGGAAGGAGAUACUGAUCUGUUCGAGAGGAUUUAAAUACAUAUAUAUACACAUCUAUAAAUGUAUAUAUAACUAUACAGAAAUAUAUACAUUAUUUAUUUAAAAACCUAUUGCACAAACGAAAAGCGACGGCCUGGGAGUGUAUAGACGCGGACAUGGACUGAGAGACACGACUUCGGGUUUGAUUUCAGGUCAGUUAUCAUGCAGUGAGGGGAGCUGGGGUGUGGUUCCUGAUCCCGCUAGCCCAUGCCCACAGUGCCAGACUGAGGUGCUCUGUCAGGGGCCUCUCUUGCUCCCUCGGUGCCCGGAGCCAUGGAGCACACGCGGGAGAAGGAGGGUGAGCGGCCGGCUCGGAACACCAAGACUGCUCAGAGCCGCAGCACACACUCUCGCCCGUCCGGCUCUGGAUCAUCUGGUGUGCUGAUGGUCGGCCCAAACUUCCGUGUGGGGAAGAAGAUCGGGUGUGGAAACUUUGGGGAGCUGAAGCUUGGUAAGAACCUUUACACCAAUGAGUAUGUUGCAAUAAAACUGGAACCUGUGAAAUCGAGGGCACCACAGCUGCAUCUGGAGUACCGGUUUUACAAAACUCUGGGCAGCACAGUGGAAGGGUUACCGCAGGUGUACUACUUUGGCCCCUGUGGGAAGUAUAAUGCAAUGGUUCUGGAGCUGCUAGGUCCCAGUCUGGAGGACUUGUUUGACCUGUGUGACCGAACAUUCUCCUUGAAGACUGUCCUCAUGAUUGCAAUUCAGCUGAUAUCUCGGAUGGAAUACGUUCACUCAAAAAACCUCAUCUAUCGGGACGUGAAGCCGGAAAACUUCCUAAUCGGGCGACAGGGCAGUAAAAAAGAGCACAUCAUCCACAUAAUUGACUUUGGUCUUGCAAAAGAAUACAUCGACCCAGAGACAAAAAAACACAUACCAUACAGAGAACACAAGAGCCUGACUGGCACGGCACGUUACAUGUCCAUCAACACACAUUUGGGAAAAGAGCAAAGUCGACGGGAUGACCUAGAAGCACUUGGCCACAUGUUUAUGUACUUCUUGAGAGGUAGUCUCCCAUGGCAGGGGCUGAAAGCAGACACAUUGAAAGAACGGUAUCAAAAAAUUGGAGACACCAAACGAAACACUCCCAUUGAGGUUCUCUGUGAGAACUUUCCAGAGGAGAUGGCGACGUAUUUGCGCUACGUACGGCGGUUAGAUUUCUUUGAGAAGCCAGAUUAUGAGUAUCUGAGGACUCUCUUCACUGAACUAUUCGAAAGGAAAGGAUAUACGUUCGACUACACAUAUGACUGGGUUGGCAGACAGAUUCCGACACCAGUCGGGUCAGUUCAUGUGGAUUCAGGAGCCUCGGCUAUCACUAGAGAAUCCCACGCCAACAGAGAACGACCUUCACAACAUCAGCCGCUGCGGAACCAGACGGUCAGCUCGGAGCACAGGGGAGCAUGGGACACUCAGCCUCAUCGGCACACCAACCUGUCAUACCUGAGCUCAUAUAUGGCAUCUGACCGGCAUGGGGGCUCUGCACAGGUGAUCAGCUCUACCAACGGAGAGCUGAAUGCAGACGACCCUCUGGUAGCCCAUUCUAAUGCACCAAUAACGACGCAGGCCGAAGUGGACGUCGUGGAUGAGGCCAACUGCGUGAAAAUGCUCAACUUGUGGUGCUGCUGCUUUUUCAAGCGUAAAAGGAAGAAGAGUUCCCCGAGGCACAAAUGAGCCAAAAUCUUCCUCUCCUUUCUUUCACUGCACUGCUGAUGUGAGCCUGUCCACGGAGACACAUAUUUACAGCUGGAAAAUGUUCAAGGCUUAUACACACAGUACACACAGUGGCCCUGCAAGAAUGUUAAAGCUUCUUUACAGUCCAGAGGCACCUGGACGAGACUGUCUCCCCUUUUGCACUCUUUUCAUUUGCUUCUUCAUUCUGAUCUUUCUUUAUUUAUGUAUUUUGAUGUUUUUAACGGACAUUUGCUUGUCCCAAUGAAAAUCUAGUCAGUAGAGGACAGUCAUGCUGAAUUCUUAUUAUUAAUUUUUUUUUUUUUCCCCAUGAACGGUUGUAUUUUGCUAUGAACAUUGAAACUUUUCCCUCAACUGUUAAGUCAUUUCAAUGAUCUUCUCUUGCUUGGCCUGUUUUCUGUUUUGUUUUGGUUUUUCCUCUUUUGUUUAUUUCAUCCACCUGCUUUUUGGACAGAGAGAAAUUCAUCACUUGGUGGUACCUGGACUCGAUAGCACAGAUUACUUCCACGUUUUCUUCUACACAUUCUGUGCCAGUUUGAAUAUAAAUGUCCGUUUACUGUAUUCAUCCCGUCAACACAUAAGCACAGCGUCGUCACCGAAUAACUCAUUCAACGCGAAGUUCGAAACUCCACACCACAAUAACGGUCCCGAUGAAACAAACGUGUUACACUGGAGACAAAUAUAAUUGCAUGUCAAAGUGCAAUACAUACGUACGGUAUGUAUACGCGUAUUGAUCUAAAGUGGUUUUGCAAAGAUGACAAGCUUGCGAAGGAUUUUGUCCCCCAAGACCAAAAUCUAAAGAAGAAAAAAAAAGAAUUUUACUCAAUAUAUUGAAGUAUUUAUCCUGAAGGUAUUUGUGGCAUGUUUGAUUAGGUAACCAAAAGCCAUAUUUCAUGUAUUUAAUCGUAUUGUAGUUUGCAUGAUCCAAUCCAUGGCUUCUCUUAAUACAUUUCCAGCAGGGGGCGUACUGUACGUGAGAAAGCCCAAAUCCAGCACCACUCAUGUUUCAGCUUGCAGAGCACAUUUGCUAUGUACGGUUAUAUAAACACUUUUAGCUUUGAAUGUGCAAUACUCAUUCCCAAAGUCUUAAAAGUUCCAAUUCUUUAUCACCAAUCGUUCCUUUCUAUUUUUUUUUGUUUCAAAUUUUCAAAUAAGAUAAAUAAGAUACAGAAGACGAGGCCAAUUGUUUAAAUGUUACAGUAGGUUUAUGUAUAUUGAUGGUUUUUGUAACGUGGGAUUGUGCAGUUAGGAGGAAGGAAUUUCUCAUUCUGAUUGUCAGCUCUUUCAUGUCCCCUGCUGAUGAUAAUGCCUUGAGUACAGAGCUGCAUUCACGUUAGCCAGAUCAUUCAAAUGAAUAUUCCUGGUGAACAAUACCAGACGGAUGGAGGGUUGGACAUGCUCAUGUUCUACCUGUAUGAACUCUGAGAUGGACUGCAAGCCAGUCAUAACAUGGCAUGUGAUUUACCUGCAACUAAUUACACUGAAUCUUUAUUAAAUGUAAAGAGCAUUUGUCUUAAUCCCCAUGAUGCUAGUGAGCUGUUGGGUAUUUGGUAAAACAGUGUUUAAGAUUGUUGCACCCUGACAUACUUGAUCGUUUGAGCGAAAGCUUAAUGAACCUUUUAUAUGCAUCACAUACUGGAUUUUCUUCCCUUGUUUUUUGCUUUGUAUUUCCGCUUCAGUCCUCAAGCUAGAUUUUGUUUAGGUGAUUAUUUUUAUUUUUUUCAUGAGUAAUCUAACAAACAGCUGCCUGUUUAUAGCAUUAAUUCUAUUGCAAAACAUUGUACUGUAAGUUUCUUUUUUUCCUUUUUUUUUUUUUUGUUUGCUUUUUGUAUUUGAAUAUGGAUUAUAAUUGCGGCCUGAAUGAUGGAUUUUUUUUGUUUCUUAAACAAAACAAACAUUUAUUUUGUAUUUAAUGAUUGAUGCCUCAAAUGGAAACAAUUUGAUGGUGUGUUUGUGCAUUGACAGUGCAUAUGAGUGUAUGUGGUCACUUUAUUUGUAAUUUUCUUGAUUGUGAAUAUUUGUGAAAAUUUCGAUUUCUUUUAUUUGGAGAACAUUGAGGUCUCAACAGCACCUCCUGGUGGGGUGAAUGACUGAAUCUGUGCUUUUCUCCUAAAUUAGCCAUAUAUGGUAAAAAAAAACAACAAAACAAACAAGCAAAAAAAUAUAUGUAUAUAUAUGUAUAAUGAUUAUUUGUGCAUAAUCAUUUAAGUUAUGACUUUAAGUUUGGACACUGACUGAACCAGUGUUGAAAUCAUUGUAUUAGCUGGACGUCUUCAUAUAAAGAGACUAGGGGACGUAGGACUGGAUUUCCCAUCCCGUGUGUUUAAUUUAGUCGUGUAUGGUUGAUAUUGAAACUGAUCAGAAUUUGUUUGAGCUUAUAUUAUUAUUAAUUGAAGCGUUUUACCUUUACAUUUGAUGUUGAUUUUUGUUUUGUUUUUGUGGGGCAGGAAGGAUCAGUGCCUUCGUCCCCAAGUCAGUAUCUGCUUCGAGUCAUAUAAACACUGGUUCAUUGGGGCAUUUGGAUUUUUUUUCUUCCCUAUCACUGAUUCCAGCACCAUCAACAUUUAUCAUGAUUAAUGUCUCGUCCACAAAUCCACGCUUGUUUACUUACACUGUUUAAUUCCCAGGUGAAUUGCGAUAAUGUGCUCACAUACAGACAAGCUGUACACAUUUAGAGAGAUCGUUCCUUAUGCAUAAUCUACUCAACGCUACAGUCUUAAACCAUGCUCUGGUUCCCUGUUCACACAUUAUGCCUUAUUGAAGGAAAGGAAAAAUGAAAAGAAAAGCUUUUUAUGAAACUAAGUAAAUAAAAUAAAGAAAUAACCUGAAAUAAAUCAUUGUAUCACAUCACAUAAAAAACUGAUUAUUGCAGAUUUAGCUUGAGAGAUUAAUAUUCAGAUAGUACAUUCUUUUGUUUAAUCUUCAAACCCACACAUAUGAUGGAACUGAAACCACUAUUAAAACCAUGUUAAAAUCAGUCAGAAUCUGUGUUGUAAAUUGUGUAAGAUAUUUAAUUGUUUGAUGGUUUGAUUUUGACUCUGCUUUGAUUCGGAUACAUGAAAAGAAAACACACACUUUUGAUUUCGUCUUGGACUAAAUGCUUUUAAUGAGAAUUUCUAACAAGAAGCUUUGUUCAUGUACAGUGCUAUCAGGGCUUAAUGUGUGUCUGGAUAAAAACUGACUCCUCGAAAUGUAUUAUUAAUGUUGUGUGUUUAAAAUUGUUGAAUGUCAUCUCAAAUUUUUAUUCUUAUGCUUUACCUGUGCUAAAGGGCUCCAGAUGAGAAGAAUCCAUUAGUUUGUUGUUUUGGAUUUUUUAUUUAUUUUUGUUUUGGGGGUUUUUUUGUUUUUGUUUUUUUUUGGAAAGUUUUGUGUUCAGAAAGACAGACAGCCUCUCUGUGUAAUGGCCAUUUUUCAGAGGCACCAAUAAAUACUUUUUAUUCCUUCCAACCAGAGGGGUAGCUCAAAUUUGGACCCUUUUUUAAAUGUAAAAUAAAAAAUGAUCUCUCUUACCCUUCA